GGGGGGGUUGUUCUCGUAGCUCUGCUGCUCAGAGCAAUAAACAGCGGCGAGUGUGGAUGGAGGUGCUGCUAGCCUUUACCUUCAGUACUGAUCAGAAAUAACCCGAAAUAACCCGCGCUCGCCUCUCUCCACCCCGGCCUGAUGAAGGAGCUGCGCCCCGGCUGAUUUUGGGGAGAUGGGAAUAUUAAGCAUUACAGAGCAGACACCCCUGGUUCAGGCAAUAUUCAGCCGAAAUGUAGAAGAGGUGAAGUUUUUGUUGCACAAGAAUGAUGAUGUCAAUGCACUGGACCAAGAACGGCGUACCCCUUUGCAUGCUGCUGCUUGUUUGGGCGAUGUCCGCAUCAUGGACCUCCUCAUCAAAUCAGGUGCUAGUGUUAACGCUAAGGACCAAGGGUGGCUGACUCCGCUCCACCGGGCCGCUGCCUCCAGGAAUGAAAGGGCUGUGGGAUUGCUGCUGAGGCAGGGGGCGGAGGUCAGCGCGCGGGACCGGCUGUGGCAGACGCCGCUACAUGUGGCUGCUGCUAAUCGGGCCAUGAGGUGCGCCGAAGCCCUCGUGCCCCUGUUAAGCAGUUUGAAUGUUGCAGACCGGAACGGUAGAACAGCCUUGCACCAUGCAGCCUACAGUGGACACACAGAGAUGGUGACCUUGCUCCUAAAUAAAGGGGCCAACCUGAGUGCCAGUGACAAAAAGGACCGGCAGGCUAUCCACUGGGCCGCUUACCUUGGGCAUUUGGAGAUCGUGAAGGUCCUGGUGUCUCGCAAUGCUGAUGUGGCGUGCAGGGAUAAGCGGGGUUACACCCCCCUGCAUGUAGCUGCUAUUAAUGGGCACAUUGAUGUGGUCAAGUACCUUCUUCGUCUGGGAGCUGAGAUUGAUGAACCAAAUGCCUUUGGGAACACUUCUCUCCACAUGGCCUGUUACAACGGACAGGAGGCUGUAGCCAACGAGCUGGUAAAUCGCGGGGCCAACGUUAACCAGCCCAACCUGCGAGGCUGCACCCCCCUGCACCUGGCUGCCGUCUCCACCAACGGGGCCCUCUGUCUCGAGCUGCUAGUCAACAAUGGUGCCGAUGUUAACAUGCAGAGUAAAGAGGGGAAGAGCCCUUUGCACAUGGCCGCCAUUCAUGGGCGCUUCACCCGUUCCCAGAUCCUUAUUCAAAACGGUGGGGAGAUCGACUGUGUUGAUAAAUAUGGCAAUACUCCUCUUCAUAUUGCUGCUAAGCAUGGCCACGAGCUGCUCAUCAGCACUCUGAUGACUAACGGUGCUGACACAGCCAGGCAAGGGAUUCAUGGGAUGUUUCCAUUGCACUUGGCAGUGCUCUACGGGUUUUCAGACUGUUGUCGAAAGUUACUCUCCUCAGGUCAGCUGUACAGCAUCGUGUCGUCGCUGAGUAAUGAACAUGUGCUGUCUGCUGGGUUCGAUAUAAACACACCAGAUAGCCUGGGGAGGACCUGCCUACAUGCCGCUGCCUCUGGAGGAAAUGUGGAAUGUCUUAACUUGCUGUUGAGCAGUGGUGCUGACCUGACAAAAAAGGACAAACUGGGAAGGGCUCCUCUGCACUAUGCAGCAGCUAAUGGUACGUUCCAGUGCACGGUAGCUCUAGUAAGCGCUGGGGCCGCAGUCAACGAGCUGGAUCUAAAAGGAUGCAGCCCUCUGCACUAUGCAGCGGCCUCCCAGACCUUCCGCAGAGCGGACUCCUACAGCUUCUGCAGCCUCCAGAGUGAUGAGCGGAAUAAAGAGGGACUGUUGUGUUUGGAGUAUCUGCUGGAUAAUGGGGCGGAGCCAGGUCUACGCAACAACAAAGGAUUCAGUCCUGUCCACUAUGCAGCUGCCUACGGCAACAAGCAGAAUCUGGAACUGCUUUUAGAAAUGUCUUUCAACUGUCUGGGAGAUGUGGAGAGCAGUUUUCCUGUAAGCCCUUUGCACUUAGCUGCGUGUAAUGGUCACUGUGAAGCCCUGCGGGUUCUGUCGGAGACGCUGGUGAGUUUGGAUGUGAGGGACUGUGGUGGACGCACUGCGCUCUUCAUGGCUGCUCAGAAAGGCCACGCCUCCUGUGUGGAGGUUCUCCUGUCCCAUGGGGCGUCUAGCUUCCUGAAGGAGCGCCGGCGCAAGUGGACGCCUCUUCAUGUAGCAGCUGCCAGCGGUCAGACGGACUGUUUGUACAUGCUGAUGAGCCGAGCUGAGAAGGCUGAUCUCAUCGACCUCGCAGAUGUGCAGGGACAUACAGCGCUGAUGUUGGCCACUCUGGGCAGUCAUGUGGAUUGUGUCCACAUGCUUCUUGAGAGAGGCAGUAAGCCUGACACCGGGGAUAAAUGGAGCCGCACUGCCCUGCACAGAGCGGCGGUGGUGGGCAGUGAGGACUGCGUGUCUGCUCUGCUUGAACAUGAAGCGUCGGGGCUCUGCAGGGACGUCCGUGGAAAGAGCCCGCUCCACCUGGCUGCCUCCUGUGGGCAUGGGGAGGUACUGCGCCUCCUCCUCCAGGCAGCUGCCCAGUCAGACCCUCUGGACUCUCUACUGGAUUACAGUGGAUACACCCCCGCCCACUGGGCAGCUUACCAUGGGCACAAGGACUGUUUGGAAGUUAUACUUGAACAUAAGCCGCUAAGUAUCCAGGAGGGAAAUUCCUUCACUCCGCUGCACUGUGCACUAAUGAAUGGCCAUGAUGCUGCUGCUGAGUUGAUGGUGGAAACAAUGGGCUCUGAGAUCAUCAACCUCAGAGAUGCCAAAGGAAGAACUCCUCUGCAUGCAGCUGCUCACUCUGAGAAGGUGUCUGGGCUGCAGCUGGCACUGGUCUGGGGGUCGGAGGUGAACUCGGUGGAUUAUUCGGGAAGAUCUGCACUGAUGGUGGCUGCUGAGACAGGACAGACCACGGCUGUCGAGAUCCUGCUGCACCAGGCCAAAGCGGACCUGUCCCUGCUGGACAUGAACAACAACACCGCACUGCACCUGGCCUGCAGCAGGGGUCAUGAGAUGUGUGCCCUGCUGAUUCUGUCUGAGAUCGAUGACCUCUCCCUCAUCAACGCCACCAACAAUGCACUGCAAAUGCCUUUGCAUAUCGCCGCACGGAACGGUCUCGCCACUGUGGUGGAGGUGCUGCUGAGUCGAGGUGCCACAGUACUGGCUGUGGAUGAAGAAGGUCACACCCCUGCUCUAGCCUGUGCGCCAAACAAAGACGUGGCGGACUGCCUGGCUCUCAUCCUCUCUACCAUGAAGCCUUUUCCUUCCAAAGACCCCACCGCUGGCGCCACCUACAGCCUCAAUCUGUUAAAGCACUGUGGCAUCAUCGCCACUCGCCACCCCCUGCCCAACGGCAGCCUACGGCACAGCUAUUCCAAGGAGCGUCACGCCACUGUAGGGCUGGACAGCUGCCUCACCGAUUGAGAAGUGUCUGUAAAAAUCCACAGUGAGCCACAGUGGGCACAAAAUGAAUUGGCCAACCUAAACCUGUGGACUUUGAUGGACUUUCCUGGACCUAUGAAGGCUCACAAAUGAAGGUUUUUGUUGAAAUCUGCCGUUCAUCCAAGCGGCAAGCUUAGAAGACUGUCCAAAUAAAAUGCCAUAUAUUUUUUAUAUACGGCGUUUAGCACUUUGGUGCUAUGAGACUGGAGGCCACAGUUCUUCAGAGUCCAGAGAUUUGGAUUGGGCAUUCAUAACCCUGUUAACUUUUUUGACUUCGGUAUGAGUUACAUUUUAAACUUGAAUUGUAAGAAUUGAGUUGUACAAGAAAUAAAUGGACACAAUUUUAUGGAAUGAAUAGAUCAUUAAGCCCCACAUUUGUGACAAAGCAAUCUGUGGAAACUGUAGCAUAAAAGUGUAAGAGCUGAUUUGGGGAAAAUAAAAUGAAAUUACUUCAUAAGGAGAAAAAAAAAAUGAACCUCGGUUAACCUCGGCAUCAGUGCUGGGUUUUAUACGAUGUAAAACAGCAGGCGAUGAGUCUUGUUGUGAAGUAUUGUGGCUGUACUGGUUUAAAUAAAAAGCUGUUGCUUUAAUACA